GUUAUCUCUCUCCCUCCCAUUUUAAACUUUGAAACUUUCGAGAGCAGAAGAGUUGAAUUCGACACAAUGCUAGCUUGCCCAAUCAGAGCAAUGGGAGUGGAGAAGGAGCUGCUGAAGCCAGGCAACGGUCCCAAGCCACUUCCCGGUCAAAACGUCACCGUUCACUGCACCGGAUUCGGCAAAAAUCGAGAUCUCACCAAAAAGUUUUGGAGCACCAAGGAUCCGGGUGAGAAGCCUUUCACUUUCCAGAUCGGCCGAGGCCAAGUUAUUAAGGGCUGGGAUGAAGGAGUGUCGGGAAUGCAAGUGGGAGAAGUCGCUCGACUGAAGUGCACUCCGGAUUACGCCUAUGGGUCGAACGGCUUUAUAUCAUGGGGAAUUCAGCCUAACUCGGAUCUAGUUUUUGAUGUUGAAUUGUUGAGCGUUGAGUAAACCAGCAGAAGCAGAUUGUUGAAAUGAAGUGUUAGUUUUAUGUGUUUUGCAUUAUGAAUUCUAGUCUCAUUUCUACUUGUAUAAACUGAUGAAAACUUUCUUAUUAAUAUGAGUAAUAAUAAUGGAUUACAUCCAAUUCAAACCA